AAAGACUAAACCAACAGUUCCUACUUCUCCAUUCUCAACAACACAGCCAUGGCGAGGAACAUGGAUUUCCUGGUGUGUCUCCUCAUCAUGGCUCUCGACAUCAUAGCCGGAGUUCUCGGCAUACAGGCCGAGGUUGCUCAGAAUAAGGUACAAAACCUUAGGGUGUGGAUAUUCGAGUGCCGAGAUCCAAGCUAUGAGGCUUUCAAACUUGGAUUGGCUGCAGUGGUCUUGCUGUGCCUGGCACACAUUGUAGCCAAUUUGCUGGCAGGAUGCAUCUUCAUCAGCUCUAAACAGGAACUCGACCGGGCUUCCUCUAACAAGCAACUCGCUGCUGCCUCCCUCGUCAUGUCAUGGAUUAUGUUGGGAAUUGCAUUCAUCCUGCUCAUAUCGGGAACGUUAUCAAACUCGAGAUCCAGAAAGAACUGUGGGAUAAGCCAUCAACGGCAGCUGUCGAUUGGAGGGAUCUUGUGCUUUAUUCAUGGACUGUUUGUGGUUGCCUAUUAUGUAUCUGCAGCUGCUGUUCUUCAUGAUGAACGGAAUCCGCAUCAACAACACAAACCAGAUCAGCAACAGCAACAGCAACAGCAACCACUUCCUGCCUGAUUUUCACAUCUUCCUCAUUCCUUGCUCGGCCUUGAUGUUUACCAACAGUCUAGUUAAAUUUUCGACUUGUCAAUCUUUCGCUUGUUUCUCAAAGUGCUCACAUACAAUUUGUGAUUCUUUCUUUUCCUUCUGGAAAAUACCAUUUGUUGAUCUAAUUACAUAUCUAUUUUAUAUAUAUAGGCCGAUCAUGAUUAGUUUUCAAGGAUGCAGAGGAAACGAUGCUAGUUUGUGUUCGAUUAGU